AUGACAGUAAAGGGAGCUGUAGAGGGUCUAACUGAAGGCCAGGUUUUGGUGACAGUAAAGGGAGAUUUAGAGGGUCCAACUGAAGGCCUAGUUUUGAUGACAGUAAAUGGAGCUGUAGAGGGUCCAACUGAAGCCUUGGUUUUGAUGGCAGUAAAAGGAGCUGUAGAGGGUCCAACUGAAGGUCUUGUUUUGAUGACAGUAAAGGGAGCUGUAGAGGGUCCAACUGACGGCCUGGUUUUGAUGACAGUAAAAAUAGCUGUAAAGGGACCAUCUGAGGGCCUGGUUUUGAUGACAGUAAAAGGGGCUGUAGAGGGUCUAACUGAAGGCCUGGUUUUGGUGACAGUAAAGGGAGCUGUAGAGGGUCUAACUGAAGCGCUGAUUUUGAUGGCAGUAAAGGGAGCUGUAGAAGGUUCAACUGAAGGGCUGGUUUUGAUGACAGUAAAGGGAGCUACAAAGGGUCCAACUGAAGCGCUGUUUUUGAUGGCAGUAGAGGGAGCUGUAGAGGGUUCAACUGAAGGGCUGGUUUUGAUGACAGAAAAGGGAGCUUUAGAUGCUCCAACUGAAGGCCUGGUUUUGAUGACAGUAAAGGGAGCUGUAGAGGGUCCAACUGAAGCCUUGGUUUUGAUGACAGUAAAGGGAGCUUUAGAUGCUCCAACUGAAGGACUGGUUUUGAUGACAGUAAAGGGAGCUGUAGAGGGUCCAACUAAAGGCCUGGUUUUGAUGACAGUAAAGGGAGCUGUAGAGGGUCCAAUUGAAGGCCUGGUCUUGAAGACAGUAAAGGGAACUGUAGAGGGACCAACUGAAGGUCUGGUUUUGAUGACAGUAAAGAGAGCUGUAGAGUGUCCAAACUGA